UGGGUUUUAUCCCGGCCGGCGAGCGUCUUCGAUCGGUGUUAGUCCCGGUGCGGCCAGCAAAAGCGGCAACAACAAAUUGCGUGGCAGCAGCUGCCAAAAGGGUGCCCCGCAGUACUACCAGGAGUUGCAGCAGCAGCAGCAACCGCGCGACUACGACGACCCGGACGCGGACGAGGAGGCCGAGAUGGAGGCGGAGCGGGAUCUGGCCGAGGACGCGCAGUGGAAGCGAAUACAGCAGAACACGUUCACACGCUGGGCGAACGAGCACCUGAAGAUCAUCAACCAGACGAUCGCCAACCUCGAAAGCGAUCUCUCCGACGGCCUGCGGCUGAUCGCGCUCAUCGAGGUCCUGUCACAGAAGCGCAUGAGCAAACACAACAAGCGGCCCACCUUCCGCAGCCAGAAGCUGGAGAAUGUCUCCGUCGCGCUCAAGUUCCUCGAGAUCGAGGGAAUCAAAAUUGUCAACAUCGACUCGUCCGACAUCGUGGACUGCAAGCUGAAGCUGAUCAUGGGCCUUAUCUGGACGCUGAUCCUGCACUACUCGAUCUCGCUGCCGAUGUGGGAGGGCGACGAGAACGGUGACAACCUGGCCAACGGCAACGGAGCCUCGCCGAAGCAGCGGCUGAUGAACUGGAUCCACCGGCUGGUGCCGGACCUGCCGAUCAACAACUUCACCAGCGACUGGACGAACGGCAAGGCGGUGGGGGCGCUGGUCGACGCGGUCGCGCCCGGCCUCUGCCCGGACUGGCCGAUGUGGGACCCGAAGGACGCGGUCCAGAACGCGGCCGAAGCGAUGGGCCUGGCGGACGACUGGCUGAACGUGCGCCAGCUGAUCCGCCCGGAGGAGAUGGUCAACCCGAACAUUGACGAGCAGUCCAUGAUGACGUACCUCUCACAGUACCCGAACGCGAAGCUAAAGCCCGGCGCUCCGCUGCGUCCCCGUACCAACCACAGCAGGGUACGCGCGUACGGUCCGGGCAUCGAGCCGACCGGGCCCACGGUGGGCGCCCCGGCCAACUUCACCGUUGAGACGUUCUCGGCCGGCAAGGGCAACGUGGAGGUGGCGGUGCAGAACCCGAACGGCAACCCGGAGAAGGUGGACUGCCGUUUUAACAACGACAAGAACCUCACCUACUCGGUGUCGUACGUGCCGAAGCUGGAGGGCCCGCACCGCGUGCACGUGAAGUUCAACGGGCGUGACAUCCCGAAGAGCCCGUACGAGGUGCAGGUAGAGAGCCAGGCGGGCGACGCAUCCAAGGUGACGGCGUCCGGGCCGGGCCUGCUGCCGGACGGCGUGGUCGUCGGCAAGCAGACGCACUUCGACAUCACGACGCGCGACGCCGGCAAGGGCACGCCGGAGGUGAUCGUGCUCGAUCCGGCCAACCACAAGACGGCGGUCGCGGCCAAGCUGCGCCAGAUCGGCGCCGACCAGUGGCGCUGCGAGUACACGGCCAAGCAGGUCGGCCUGCACUCGGUCAACGUGUUCUACUGCGGCCAGCAGAUCCGGGGCAGCCCGUACGGGGUGCGGGUGGCGCCGGUGUGCGAUCCGCGCAAGGUGCGCGCGAGCGGGCGGGGCCUGCAGCCGGUCGGUGUGCGCGUCAACGACGACGACGUGACGUUCCGCGUGUUCACCGAGGGCGCGGGCGAGGGCGGUGUGCCCGAGGUGAAGAUCUUCGGGCCGGGCGGUGUCGUGCCGGAGCACAGCAUGCGCAAGCUGGACGCAACCACGUACGAGGCGCAGUACAUUCCGCUCCGUGAGGGCCGCUACAAGAUCCUGGUGCUGUACGGCGGCCAGGAGAUCCCGAAGUCGCCGUUCGAGGUGACGGUGGGACCGCAGAAGCACACGUCGAUCGUGGCGUACGGGCCCGGGCUGCGGUCGGGCAUGGUCGGCCAGCCGGCCUGCUUCGUCGUCGAGACGAACGGCGAGACGGGCAACCUCGGGUUUAGCAUCGCCGGACCGUCGCAGGCCGAGAUCGAGUGCCACGACAACGGCGACGGGUCGGCGUUGGUCAAGUACCACCCGACAGCGCCGGGCGAGUACGCCGUGCACAUCCUCUGCGACAACGAGGACAUCCCGAAGAGCCCGCACAUCGCGCAGGUGCUGCCGAAGGCGGACGACUUCCACCCGGAGCUGGUGAAGGUGAGCGGACCGGGCGUGGAGAAGACGGGCGGCGUCGUGGUCGGCCGGCCGACCGAGUUCACCGUCGACGCGACCCGGGCCGGCUCGGCGCCGCUCGAGGUGAAGAUCAACGACGUGUUCUCCAACACGAUCGCGCACAAGAUCGUGAAGAACGAGAACGGCACGCGCAAGGUCAGCUACACGGCGCCCUCGCCCGACCCGGUCACGGUGGAGGUGAACUACGGCGGGGUGGCCGUCCCGCAGUCGCCCUUCCGCGUGAACGUUUCCACUCCGCUGGACGCGACCAAGGUGCAGUUCUUCGGACCAUGGCUGGAGCCGGGCGUGAAGCCCAAUGCGGCCACCCACUUCAACGUCGACGCAAGAAACGCUGGCAACGGGCUGUUGGAGGUGAACCUGGUGCACGAGGAAACGCAGCAGAAGGUGCCGGUACGCAUCAUCGACAACGACGAUAACACGUACGCGGUCGAGGUGAUUCCGCCGCUGCCGGGAACGUACACCACGAACCUGGUCUACGGUGGGCUGAAGGUGCCGGUGGCGCCCAAGGUAACGGUCACGCCACCGGUCGACGUGUCCAAGAUCAAGGUCGACGGGCUGGAACCGACCGCACCGUUGAACAGUUUGCAGCAGUUCCGCGUCAUCACGAACGGCAUCGGGAAGGCCGACCUGGCCGUCACCAUCACGAGCCCGUCCGGCAACCGGGUGAAGGCGCACGUCAUCCCGACGGCCGAAGGGUUCCUGGUGAACUUUACGCCCACCCAGCUCGGCGAGUACCUGCUGAGCGUCAGCUUCGGUGGCACCCCGAUCACACCGCAGCCCUUCCGGCUGCAGUGUCUGGUCGGGUCGGAUUCGCGCAAGGUGCAGGCGAGCGGGCCCGGGCUGGUGCGGGGCAUCAUCAACCGGCCGGCCGAGUUCAUGAUCGAUACGCGCGGUGCCGGCCAGGGUGGGCUCGGGGUGACGGUGGAGGGACCGUGCGAGGCGGCCAUCAACUGUCGCGACAACGGGGACGGCACGUGCAACGUGGCCUACCUGCCGACCGAGAUCGGCGACUACACGAUCAACAUCACGUUCAACGACGACCACAUCGCCGGAUCGCCGUACCAGGCGAUCAUCGUGCCGGAACCGAACCUCAGCAAGAUCCGCGUCUCGGGGAUGGGCAUUCAGCCGCACGGUGUCAUCAUGAACGCUCCCACCGACUUCCAGGUCGAUAUGAGCAAGGUCGGGGACGAUGUGGACCGCUCGAAGCUUUCGUGCAACAUCUUCGAUCCGCGGGGCAACGAGAUUCCGAGCAAGCUCGUCCCGAGCGAGUCGGCGGACGACGUGUUCCGCAUCAUGUACACGCCGUUCGAGGCGGGCCGGCACACGAUCGAUCUGCUGUACGACAACGUGCCCGUGCCCGGUUCGCCCUUCGUCGUGAACGUCAAGUCCGGCUGUGAUCCGACGCGCUGCCGAGCGUACGGUCCCGGCCUGGAGGGAGGCCAGACGGACAAGCCGGCAACGUUCACGGUGGAGACGCGCGGUGCCGGCGCCGGGGGGCUCUCGCUCGCGAUCGAGGGCCCGUCCGAGGCGAAGAUGAGCUGCACGGACAACCGGGACGGCUCGUGUGACGUCGAGUACCUGCCGACGGAACCGGGCGAGUACGACAUCACGAUCCGGUACGCCGAGAAGCACAUUCCCGGCUCGCCGUUCCGAGUGGCCGUGAAGGAGUCGACCCGCCCGGAGAAGGUGAAGGUGUACGGGCCCGGUAUCGAGCACGGGCAGGUGUUCGAGCAGGUGCCGGCACAGUUCAACAUCGACGUCGGCAGUGCCGGUCCGGGCAAGAUUGCCGUCAAGCUGAAGUCCUCCGACGGUCAGCCGUUGACGGCGCAGGUGCAGGACAAGGGCGACGGCGUGUACGGCGUGUCGUACGUGCCACCGAAGGCGGGCUCUGUCGUGACGGCGGACGUACGCUUCGCCGACCAGGAGGUCAGCUGCAGUCCGUUCGUGAUGACCGUGCAGCCCGCGACCGAGCACAGCAAACCCGCGAAGGUGUUCGGGGACGCGGCGACCAAGAAGGCCCUGCCGGCGUCGCUGCCGGCCAAGUUCCAGAUCGACGCGCCGCAGACGCACGCCAAGGAGGACAUCAACGUCAGUAUCAAGGGACCGGACGGGAAGCCGCUCGUGCCGAAGAUGGAGCAGGAGCCGGACGGCACGUACGCGGUGUCGUUCGUACCGGACGAGUGCGGACCCUACAAUGUCAGUAUUAAGUGCGGCGGUAAGGACGUCCUCGGGUCGCCCUUCCUACUGCAAGCCAUACCUACUGGAGAGGCUGAUAAGUGCAAAAUGGUACAAGCCGUCCCAACCAACCAGGAGUAUGGAAAGAAGAAUCACGUCGCCAUCGACGCCCGGGAGGCGGGCACUGGUGCGGUAACUUGCAAGAUAGUUUCCCAUUCCGAGGCAAGUGAUGUGGACAUUGACGUCAUCGAAAAGGACGGAUUCUUCGACAUUUUCUACGUUCUCAAGGAUCCGGGCGAUUACGAUCUGGACAUCAAGUUCGGCGGAAGGAACAUCCCGAACGGCACGUUCACAAUUAAGGCUGUCGAAAACGUCGAGGAGCAGGUGACGAAGAGUGCCACCAGCGCCAGCAGCACCUCCAGCAAGACCACCUCCGCGUCCGCCGUCAGCGAGAACCACAGCUACCAGCACCAGGAGUCCUACGUCGAGCAGGUGUCCUCGGUGUCCAAGUCCAAACAAUACAUUCAGCAGACCGCCAGCGAAGAGUUUCUCGUUCGGGAACGGCUGGUGAACGGCAAGCACGACAGCGUCUCCACCGUCAACAGCUCGAUCCAGCAGUCGUCGGCGGCGAGCAGCACCACCACCACCAGCAACGCGAGCAACGGCACUUCCGAGCACGACAGCCACCAUCUCAACGGGACCGCCUCCAACCGCUACCGAGCCUUCAAACUCGACCGCCUCAACACUCCGCAAACCGGUGGACUCGUAACAGCUGAAGUCAAGAUGCCCAGCGGAGAGGUAGACAAGCCGGUGAUCGACGACAACCACGAUGGCACCGUAUCCAUUCGGUACGACCCGAAGGAGGAGGGCAUCCAUGAGCUGGCCGUCAAGUAUAACGGCGAGCACGUGCAGGGUUCGCCGUUCAAAUUCCACGUCGACUCGAUCUCGUCCGGCUACGUGACGGCGUACGGGCCGGGUCUGGUGCACGGCGUUACCGGCGAGCCGGCCCAGUUCGUCAUCUCGACCAAGGGUGCCGGCGCCGGCGGCCUGCAGAUGGCCGUCGAGGGACCAAGCAAGGCUGACAUCACCUACCACGACAACAAGGACGGCACGGUGUCGGUGUCGUACCUGCCGACGGCGCCGGGCGAGUACAAAAUCACCGUCCGGUUCGGCGACAAGCACAUCAAGGGUUCGCCGUACUUCGCCAAGAUCACCGGCGAGGGCCGCAAGCGCAACCAGAUCUCGGUCGGCUCGUGCUCGGAGGUGACGCUGCCGGGCGUGAUCAGCGAUAACGAUCUGCGCUCGCUGAACGCCUCCAUCCAGGCGCCGACCGGGCUCGAGGAGCCGUGCUUCCUGAAGCGCAUGCCGUCCGGCAACAUCGGCAUCUCGUUCACGCCGCGCGAAAUCGGCGAGCACACGGUGUCGGUGAAGCGGCUCGGCAAGCACAUCGCCAACUCGCCCUUCAAGGUGAACGUGUGCGAGCGCGAGGUGGGCGACGCCAAGAAGGUGGUGGUGACGGGCGGCGCGCUGAAGGAGGGCAAGACGCACCAGGACAACGUGUUCUCGGUGGACACGCGCAACGCCGGCUACGGCGGUCUGUCGCUGUCGAUCGAGGGCCCGAGCAAGGCGGAGAUCCAGUGCACGGACAAGGACGACGGCACGCUCAACAUCGCGUACAAGCCGACCGAGCCGGGCUACUACAUCGUCAACCUGAAGUUCGCCGACCACCACGUGACGGGCUCGCCGUUCACGGUGAAGGUGUCCGGCGAGGGCACGAACCGGCAGCGCGAGAAGAUCCAGCGCCAGCGGGACGCCGUGCCGGUCACCGAGGUCGGCAGCCAGUGCAAGCUGACGUUCAAGAUGCCCGGCAUCACGUCGUUCGAUCUUUCCGCCACGGUCACGUCGCCCGGCGGCGUCAGCGAGGACGCGGAGAUCCAGGAGAUCGAGGACGGCCUGUACGCGGUGCACUUCGUCCCCAAGGAGCUGGGCGUGCACACGGUUUCGGUCAAGUACAAGCAGAUCCAUAUUCCCGGAUCGCCAUUCCAGUUCACCGUCGGCCCGCUCAAGGAUACCGGUGCGCAUCUGGUCAAGGCCGGCGGUCCCGGUCUCGAGCACGGCGAGCAGGGUGUGCCGGCCGAGUUCAACGUGUGGACGCGCGAAGCCGGCGGCGGCACCCUGGCCAUCUCCGUCGAGGGUCCCAGCAAGGCGGAAAUCGAGUUCAAGGAUCGCAAGGACGGCUCGUGCGACGUGUCGUACGUUGUCAGCGAACCAGGAGACUACCGCAUCGGCCUGAAGUUCAACGAUCGCCAUAUUCCGGACUCGCCGUUCAAGGUGUACAUCUCGCCGGCCAUGGGCGAGGCGCACAAGCUCGAGGUGGCUCAGUUCCCGACCGGUCUGCAGGCCGACAAGCCGGCCCAGUUUAUGGUGCGCAAGAACGGCGCCAAGGGUGAACUGGACGCGAAGGUUGUGGCACCGUCGAACAACGAGGACGACUGCUUCAUCCAGCUGAUCGACCAGGACCAGUACUCGGUGCGAUUCUACCCGCGCGAGAACGGCAUCCACGCGAUCCACGUCAAGUUCAACGGCGUGCACAUACCCGGCUCGCCGUACCGCAUCAAGGUCGGCAAGGACGACGUGGACCCGGCGGCGGUGCACGCCUCGGGCAAGGGUCUCGGCGACGUGAAGACGGGCGAAAAGACGGACCUGAUCAUCGACACGUGCAAUGCCGGCGCCGGCACGCUCGCCGUCACCGUCGACGGCCCGGCCAAGGUCGCGAUGGACUGCACGGAGGUGGAGGAGGGCUACAAGGUGCGCUACACGCCGCUGCUGCCCGGCCACUACUACAUGACGAUCAAGUACAACCAGAUGCACAUCGUCGGCUCGCCGUUCAAGAUCAAGUGCACGGGCGACAGCCUGGCGGAGGCGGGCGGUCAGGAAACGUCGUCCGUCAUCGUCGAGACGGUGGCGAAGGUGUCGAAGGGUGGCAACCGGACCGGCGUCAUCCUGCCGAUCUUCAAGUCGGACGCCAGCAAAGUCCAGUCGAAGGGAAUGGGUCUCAAGAAGGCGUACAUGGGCAAGCAGAACCAGUUCACGAUCAAUGCCGGUGACGCGGGCAACAACAUCCUGUUCGUGGGCAUUUACGGACCGAAGGGCCCGUGCGACGAGGUCUUCAUCAAGCACACCGGGCGCAACCAGUACAACGUCAACUAUCUGGUACGCGAGCGUGGCGAUUACAUCCUGCUGGUCAAAUGGGGCGACGACCAUAUUCCCGGCUCGCCGUUCAAGGUGGAAGUUUAAGCGCUCGGUUCCACCGCGCCAGCCGCAACGUAACGCCUCCAACUGCUGUCACUGUGUUUGUCUGUUUGUGUAAGCUCGGUCACUUCGGAGCGGACGUGGUCUGCAGGCGCACUCGUUACCCUUGUCCAUCGACGCCCGUUAAGGCGUACGGCGUCUCAAAGGAUGGAGCCAUAAUCGUCCUUGCGAAACAAAAAAGAAAAAAGAAACAAACCCAUGAGUCAACGGAAGGGAGAGAAAGAGUUAAAGGAUGAACAGAACGAGAAACCGAUCGUCCGGGAAAACAAAACGAGCGCGAAAGCCAUCAUUUAAAUUCGUAUCCGCCGCGGACCUUCCACCAUCCAUUGUGCGCGUUUUAGUUUUUGUUUUUUAAGUUUUAAUGACAGCUAAUUUUAUCAACCACGUUAUCGUCUCGGGCACGUGGCGAAUGUGUAUCGUCCCCUUCUUAUCUCCCACAGGAUAGGAUUCCGCCCGCGUGUCGUUGUGUCUUCUAAAAUCUCCCCCCUCUCAUGAUCAUCCCGGCUAGGAAGAAUCGGUAGAAAGACAAACGCAUUCGCGCCGUUUGAGCAUUAUAAGAUAAAGUGUUUCGUUGUUUUUUCUUUUACUUUCCCCCUUCUCUGUUUCGUUUUGUAUGUAAGCUAUUUUUCUCCAUCCCUGUCUUCGUUCCUUUACCAUGUUAUUUAAAAAAAAAAUCUACAUAGCUUCGUAAAAGUAUUGUUUACCACGUGGUUUUAGUUUUAUUUCGCUCGUUUCUUAAAGGCCAGCAAAAUGGUAAAAAAAACACAAGGUGCAUGUAAUUUAUAAUUUUUUGCGUGCGAUUUAUUAUUUGUUUAUUCCCCAUGUGUACAAGUAACGAUAUUAUUCAUUACUUUCCUCUUAUAGGCCGCACUUCUCGCGCUUCUGUUUUACUAUUUAUUAUGGUUACGAUAUUAUUUUCGUUAUGUCCCUUCAUUGUGCCCCUGAUGCCUUCUUUCCUAGUGGAAAACGACGAUCAGUCUAUAUAAGGUUUAUAAGUAAAAGUUGUCAAAUCGAAGAAUUAAAAAAAGAGACAAAAAAAUGAAUAAAGCGAUUGU